AUGUAUUUCACUAGUCUCUCGUUAUUGUCCUUCCUGGCCAUCGGCGUCGUGGGCCAGGAGUUACCCCAAGGUGUCUUGGGGUUUAACUCUGGAGCCACAAAAGCUGAUUCGAAAGCGAAAGUUGAGUCCGACUUUGAGGAUGAGUUCAAGACAGCUCAAGGACUCCGCGGUUCCCCUGGGCUUUUCAACAGCGUGCGCCUGUACUCCAUGAUUCAAGCGGGAACCACGAACAGCCCCAUCUCGGCCUUUCCAGCGGCGCUUAAAACCAACACUUCGAUGCUUCUCGGAAUUUGGUGUUCCGGCACCCAGUCGAUAGACCAAGAGAUCGCUGCCAUGAACAGCGCCAUUGAACAAUAUGGCCAGCGUUUUGCCGACCUUGUGGUGGCUAUCUCUGUUGGAAGCGAGGACAUGUACCGUCUUUCCGAAAGCGGCGUUGCCAACAAUGCUGGGUUGGGACAGGGCCCCGACACCAUUGUGCGCUUCAUUCGCGAAGUCCGUUCCGCCAUCAAUGGCACGAUCUUGGGAAACAAACCCAUCGGUCAUGUGGACUCGUGGAGCGCAUGGGCAAACAGAAGCAACACCGACGUCAUUGACGAAGUUGAUUGGAUUGGAACCGACGUGUACACCUAUUACGAGGCCGACAGAGGAAACGCAUUCAGCAACACAACAGCUGUUUUCGAGGACAUAUACAACCAGACUUUCGCCUUCGCUGGCAACAAAACUGUCUGGGUCACCGAGACUGGGUACCCCGUGUCUGGUCCUAACUCUGGGGAGGCUAUUGCCAGUGUGUCCAAUGCGGCACAAUACUGGCAGCUUGUCGGAUGUGAUAGGCUGUUCGGAAGAGUGAACACUUGGUGGUAUAACAUCAGGGAUUCCAACCCGGCGAUUACGGAGAAGUUUGGGAUCACAGAGAACCUCAAAACAACGGCCAGGUUCAAUUUGACUUGUGCCGCUGACAGUGGUGCCCCCGCCCCUGUCAACGUGGGCUCUGGAGCGGCUUCUUCUCGUGGUGGUGAGGUUCUGCUUGCUGUGAGCAUGGCUUUUUUCGGCUUGUCAAUCACAAUUUGGCAGUGA